AUGACCUCAAAGAGCUCGUCUGGUCGCGAAGCCGGACAAUCAAGCGUUGGUGCAGCGAGCUCGUUGGAUCCGAGGCGUGAAAUCCAUUUGACUAAACAGGGCAAUCGACCGGCUACGCAUAAGAGUAAAAUUCCCGUAAAAGUAGAAAAUUGUGGCGUUGACCGACGGAAACGAUUCGUAUUAUCACCGUUACCGAAGAAACCGAGCUUCGAUCACUUGAAGCAAAUGGAAGGACCAACUGAUAUUUAUGAUCGGUUUCAUUUGUAUGUAUUCCCAGAGCGGUUUGUGAUCGAGCCUCGUGAUCGGGACGGUGGAUUGGCAUCAGACAGCUAUUUGAACAUUGAUAGAGAUUCAGAUAAAUUGUCACUCAUAAAAGCGGCCGAAAAUCCGGUUCCGAUCACGGAAGCGGAAACGAAAAAGAUUCAUGGAAUAGUUGGAAUGAUUAAGUUGGUAUCAGGCUAUGCUCUUAUUACAAUAAAGCAAGCUCUUAUGAUGGGUAGAUUGAAUGGACAUGAAAUAUGGCUGAUAAAAGAAAUCGAGGUUUUGCCGUUCAAAAGGACAACAUUGCAUUUAACCGAGAAACAGGUUUUUCAUUGCUUUUCGAACGCUUUCGAUUCGAGUUCAGUGCUUUCAAAAUGUAUCGGUGUAUUUGACGUUGAUUAUUGUAAUUUGCAGAAAUGGUACGAACGAAAUUUCGUGGAUAUGAUACAUUUGGUGCUAUCGACUAGUGGAUUUUAUUACUCGACAUCUUUUGAUUUGUCACAUUCCUUGCAGUGGUUAGACGAGAACGCAACACCCAUGUUCAAGCAGCUUCCAAUGAUGGGCAGGUCAGAUGAACGUUUCGUAUGGAAUCGAUAUCUGUGUGCGCCAAUCGCAGCAGAUCCAAGUCUGUAUCGUUACGCUCUGCCAGUAAUCCAUGGUUUCUUUUCAUCGAAUAGAUGCAUAAUCGGUGAAAAGGUCUUUCAACUAUUUCUCAUUUCGAGGCGAUCUGUUCAUAGAGCCGGGACACGAUUCUAUAUGCGAGGCGUAAGUUCGGAGGGAUACUCGGCUAAUUUUGUUGAAACUGAACAAAUUGUUCAAUUCGAUAAAAAUGGAGAUCCAAGAAAUCGACAUUUGACAGCGUUCAUUCAGGUACUCUUGUUCGAAGUUGUUGCUGAGUUCAGUUAG